AUGGCUCUCCCUUCGGUUCUGUCGUACCCUGUUACCGGCCUUGCCAGUUGCUAUGUCUUUUAUAUUCUCGGUCUGGUCAUCUACCGUCUCUAUCUUCAUCCGCUAGCCAGAUUCCCUGGUCCCAAAUAUGCCGCUAUCAGCAGAUGGCAUGAGUUCUACUAUGAAGUGGUCAAACAAGGACAAUUUACCUUCAAGGUCCAGGAGUAUCACAGGAAAUACGGCCCGAUCGUUCGCAUAGUCCCAGAUGAGCUCCAUAUCCAAGACUCGCAGUUCUACGACACACUCUACACCAAAGCCGGUCGAGUCGACAAGUAUGACUGGAUGGCCGGUCGCUUUGGCUGUGACACUUCGGUCUUCACCACAGGUCCCGACGAUUUACAUCGAGUCCGACGUGGUGCUUUAAAUCCACUGUUCUCUCGUGCUCGCAUCGUCGACCUACAAACCAUCAUUCGUGAGAAAAUCGGCAUUCUUCUCGGCCGUAUCCGCGAGUUUCAAAAAGAUGAAAGAAUCCUCCCCAUCAACCGGGCCUUCAUGGCUCUAACCGGGGAUGUUGUGAUGGAGUACUGUUUCUCUAUGAGCUACGACCACUUGAAGCUGGAGAAUUUCGAAAAGACUCUACAUGAACCAUUUAUGGCUGCCAGCAUCAGUGGACAUCUCUCGCUUCAGUGUCCAUGGGUGCCGAAAAUUCUCUUCACACUUCCAGAAUCGAUCCUGCUCAAGAUCGAGCCACUUUACGCCUUGGUCUUUCGAAUGCAGGCGGACUUCCGUAAACAAAUCACGGCGAUGAAAGAAGGCAAAAUGGACAGCGUGCUCGAAAAAUCCACGCACCCGACCGUCUUCCAAGAAUUGAUAUCUGGCAACCUCCCCCCGUCGGAAAAAGAAACGCUCCGCCUCCAAGACGAGGCCCAACUCGUCGUCGCCGCCGGCGUCACCACUACAGGCUGGGCCCUCAGCACGGCCGCAUUCCACCUGAUCAACAACCCGCCCGUUCUCGCAAAACUGCGCGCUGAACUCGAAACCGCCAUCCCGGAUUCCACAGCUGAACUCUCGUGGCUCGAGCUCGAGAAACUGCCGUACUUGGCCGGCUGCGUGCGCGAGGCCGUACGCAUGUCCUAUGCCGUAACGACGCGGAACCCGCGCAUAUUCACCAAACCGCUCACGUAUGGAGACUGGGUGAUUCCACCACGCACGCCUGUGUCCAUGACCAUCGUCGACGUCAAUGACGACGAGGAAAUUUUCCCCAACGCCCGGGAAUUUAAACCUGAGCGGUGGAUCAAUCCGCCCAAGACCAAGGACGGGAGUAGUCUGGAGAGAUAUUUCAUUGGAUUUGGAAAGGGUACCAGAAGCUGUUUGGGGAUCAACCUAGCUCACGCCGAACUCUACAUGACUCUCGCUGCUGUCUUUCGCAACUUUGCCUUUGAAUUGUACGAAACGGACAUCUCGGACGUCGAGCUCGCACAUGAUUUUUUCCUGCCCAGUCCGAAGAUGGACAGUAAAGGUGUCAGAGUCAAGGUCUUGAAGGAUUAA